AUGGCCCUAUCCCGAAGACCAAACACGCUUGACCAGCUACAAAAAUCUGCCCUCGUGCUGCGCCUGCCAGAAUGGAGUCCCAAGCCCCUUCGCCGCAGCUGUCGCCUGAACACAUACACCAUGUUCGACUCCAAGCUCUUCGGCAACAUCUUCGGCACCGAUGAGAUCAGACAAUGCUUCUCCGAGCGCACCUACGUCGCCAAUCUCAUCGAGGCUGAGUGCGCCCUCGCCCAGGCCGAGAGCGACGAAGGCGUCGUGCCCGUCGCCGCCGCCCAAGCCAUCCGCGAGCACAGCAGCGUAGACAAGAUCGACUGGGACCUGCUGGCCGCCCGGACCGAGAUCGUGGGCUACCCGGUGCUGCCACUGAUCGAGCAGAUGUCCAAAUGGGUCCCCGACGAGCACGGCGAGUAG